AUGGAAGGUUUAGCCUUAAGUUAUAUCGAUUCAGUACGGAAUUCUUCAAGAAUUGGUACUGCUAUCGGAGAAUUAUUGGCAAAAUACGUUGAAGAAGGAAUGCCUUUAAAAACAAUCCACGUAGUUGGGUAUUCUUUGGGCGGGCAUAUCGUGUCAUUUAUUGGCAAAGCAUUUAAACAACAUUUUAAUAAUGAACUUCGCUUACCAAGAAUUACAGCUCUAGAUCCAGCUGGACCAAUAUUUGUUUUGAAAUUUUGUCCAAAAUUAGAAAAAGGAGAUGCUGAUAUGGUUGAUGUGAUACAUACUGAUACCAAUUUAUUUGGAUAUCCCACAAAUUUGGGGUAUGUAGAUUAUUAUCCGAAUAUGCAUUUACUGAUGGGCGGUCAACCUGGGUGUAGUAAUGCAGAAGACGGCCGUAUAGAAGGUCCCGGAUGUUCGCACUAUCGAUCAUGGAAAUUUUACAGCGAAUCAGUUCUAAAUCCAACAGCAUUUCCCAGCGUACGAUGUAUUAAUAAAUAUGCAUUCUUAUUUAACUAUUGUGACAAUGAUAGCCUGACGUAUAUGGGAUACCUUUAUCCAGACAAGGGCAACGGAGAAUACUAUUUAGAAACAGGUCCUCGGCAACCAUUUGGAAUGGAAAUGGAUGGAAUUCCAAAUUUACCGAUUGAAAUAUACGAUUUUGAUGAAAUGUAA